CCUCUAUUUGCCUGUAUAUACAUUUUGCAGAUAGAAGCAUAUUUCUCUGAUGCUGUCUUUUCUUUGUAUCAUCACUGGCCUCAGCGCGGAUAGCUGUUCUUGUUUCACACCGUCUAUUUUUACCCUCAGCUCAGGAUGUCUUCACCUCAGCUUCAGACCUGCACCUUCUGGCAGAGGCAGGACUGUGCUGUGGUGCAGCUGUACUCCUUCUGUUCGCUCUCUGUGACAGACUUCUACAUUUCUUGCAGAGGUGGAUUUCAAGACUUCAAGAUCAUGCAUUACUUCUUGCUGGGAUUCUCAGUCAUGGCAUUGAUUUACCUGUCAGCUGAAGGAAGCAUCAUUGUAUUCCAGAAGCCCAGAUUUAUUGGUGUUAAGACAGGUCGGACUGUGAUGAUAUACUGUGUGCCGUCGAAUCCCACUCGCGGGCCAGCUCGUGUACAGUGGUUUAAAAACAAGAAUUACCAAAGCUCACUUACGAAUGACCAGAGAAUAACAAUUAAUGACAGGAACAAUGAUAAAAAUGCUUCAAUUACUUUAAAGAAGGUGGAGACUGAGGACAGUGGCACUUACUUCUGCAAGUUAAACGAUACAUUCGGACCAGGAACUGAACUUCAAGUAUCAAGAUAUAGUGAGCCUCAUGCUAUUUUGAUGAGAUCUAGAGUUAAGGAUGUCAUCAUUUUCCUUCAGGCUUUUCUCUUGAUUUUGUGCAUUAUUGUUCCUCUGGUUCGAUUUUACAAACUGGAGAAGAAGGAAGAGGCUGAUUAUGAGGAGCCGGAGGAUGACCACAUAUAUGAGGGUUUGGAAAUCGAGCAGGUUGGUGGAGAUGUGUAUGAGGACAUCUCAAUGUUUGCUCAGAGCAGUGAUGCAGCAUGGGAAGUUGAGUCUCCAUGCCAAGAGUGAGAAAAACCAAUGAUAUAUCAAGCCGAUUCGUAACUGUAUGAUUUAUGGGGUAAUACAUAUGAAUUUGUAUGAUAUCAUUCAUACAUUUUAGUAUGAUUUGCUCAUCCUCCAAUGACAGUUUGGUGACACUUUACAUAUUAAUAAUAAUUACCCGAUCUUAGCUUUAACACCAGACGCAGGGGGAUACAUUCAGUCUCAUUGUUUGUGUUUUGUAUAUAUAGGCAUAUAUAUAUAUAUAUUUGUGUGUGUGCGUGAACAUGCUAAAGAUUUCAAUUACUAUUGUAACUGAUAGUUACUAUGUAUAAGUUAGCAUACAGUUUUAGUUCUUGUUAAUGCAUGUAAACAUUUACAUAAUGAUUAUUCAAGGACAUUGUAGUAUUUUCACCUUUUGUUCAUGUUGCUUGUUUAUUUUACUAGCUGAUAUCCUGUAUAUACUGGGUAUAUAGGGUGUCAAAUUGUUUUUACAGUGUGUUUGUUGUAUGAAUACACUGGCUCUGGCUGGUCAUUCAUAAAAAGGUGCUUUAUAUGUGGAAAUAAAUAUACUAGUGGUGAGGAACUGUUCUUAUGAAGUCAGAAAUAUCAACUUUCACUUCAUUUGUGUUAAAAUAAGCAUGUGAGAUUCAGGUGUUUUCCACAACAUUGCUUAUUUUCCACCUUCUAUCUGAUGUGGCUUCUUCAACAUCAGACCACAUAUGACCGUCUGUCCGUCUGUACAGAUUUAACAUUUUAAAGGUCACUAAUUUACUAUCUGACCAACAAAAUACUGCAAAAUUCUAAAUGUGUAUUUUUCGU